AUGCUUCGUAUGAUACUGUGGAAAAAUUUUUCAGAAUCUCUGGAUGGCGUUCGAACACUGUUGUCAUCAGGAGUCAGUCCGUGUAUACAAGAUGAGCAGAAUAGAACAGCUUUUCAAAUUGCCUCUUCUGAGCAAAUAAAAGCAGCUUUUGUUCAAGAAUUUUUGCAGGCUACCGCACAAUCGAACUUGGGGAGAGUUUGUCAAAUGAUAUCAUGCGGAGUUCCUGUUGAUUCAAUUGACGCAGCAGAAACGAGAAACACCGCCUUACAUUGGGCCGCUUCUUUUGGCACGGAGGAGGUUGUUAGUAUGCUUUGCGAGAAUGGCGCAUCUGUUAAUGCUCUAAAUGCAAAAGGCGAAACUCCACUGCACGAUGCUGUCCGGAGAAAUCACGACGGAGUUGUUCGCAAUCUUCUGCUUCACGGAGCUGAUCCUAGCAUUAAGGACGCUAAUGGUGUAGACUGUUUCCAGUUGGCUACGAAAAUGGGAUCGGCAGUUCUACAUACUUUGAGCAUGAGCACGGUUACGAAUCGCGUCCGUAGGUCAACGUCUGUAGACUCUGAUUUGGAUCGUGUUUCGGUCAUAUCCACCGAUACUGCAAUAUUUACCGACCGUACUGCAAUAUUUUCUACUGGCCGUAUUGAAUCAUGGGUUGACCUGCUUUGGCCUCAACCAAAGUUUGUUAAGAUUGACAGCAGUAAUCGUACAAUUCCAUUUCCAAAGGACAAUCGCCUGAAAGUCUAUUUUGAUGGUGCAAGUGCAGGUGAACCGCGUUUGCUAAUGCAGGCAAUUCAAGUGUCUGCACCUCUUUUGGCAACUAUAGGACUUGAACUUGAAUACAGAGGACACAAAAUUUCUGAAAAUUCUGCGUUGGAUGGAAGAAUUACUUGCGGCGUUUUUGACAUUGGAGGGCAUCGGGACGCGUACACACUUUCUGUAGCGGAAAAUGGAGUAGAACUCAUUGCAGGGGAUUAUUCAGGGAUACGCUACGGUUUUUGCACUUUUAUUCAAAUCCUGCGGAUCCAUCGUAAUGUUAAUACGCACGAAAAGUUGGGCAUGUACAAUACUGUGCAUCCAGAAACUCCUUCGCAAGAUAUCGAAUCGGUUGUGGCAGUACCAGGCAAUUGUGUUAUUCCUUACAUCACUAUUCGAGACACGCCCGACAUGAGUAUUCGUGCAGUUUUCCAAGACUUUAGUGGAUGCAGAAUUUUAAACACGGAAACGGUAUUGGAGUUGGCUCGCCGGAUUGGAUUUUGCAAAGCAAAUGCGCUUUUUGUGAAUUUUGAAGUUCGUACUACUGACAGAUAUCAUCUGCCUUUUACAAACCGCGAUUUAUUUCACAUGACCCAAGUUUGUGAAGAACUUUUUGUGAAGCUGGUUCCUUCUUUGGACCUGCAAUCCAAUUACAUUGAACCUGAUAAUCUGCGACUUAUUAUUGAGCAUUUUUUGGACGACUUUCCUCUAUCAAAAGUGGCCCAUUUUGGUCCUAAUAUAGCUUCAAUUUUGAUUAUUAACAGAAGGAUUCUUGAUGGGAUUCAAAGGAGAGUGCCAAAAAUUUUUUUAUCAAUUGAAGUUACUGAAAGGAACGUCUCUUUGAUUAAUCAGCUUCCUGCAUAUGUGACUUUGUGUGUGGAAGGUAGAUACCCGUUUGGUGCUGAAAAUUUGCUCUCCGCCAGACUCAAUGUUGUUUUAAAAUUCACCACCAGUGAGCCUGGGUAUUUGUGUUCAGAUCCGGAAACCAUUGCAAAGAAAGCUGUGCUAACUGCGAAACUUGGAGCCAAGUUUCCUGUUUUAGGCGCAAUGAUUUGCGAUCUCUCAACUGGAUGUGAAAUAAUUCCUACCUCAUUAUCGUUUGUUUCGGAGGUCGCAGAGGUGGGAGUUUCUUGGAAUAAUGCGACUGAUAUGAGGAAAUUCUGCUUUCUGUUACCAAAACUGACUGCAGAACACAUUUUGCUAAACGGAAAUAUGGAAAGUCUUUUCAAACAGGCUACUUUACUUGGUCGUAUUGAACACGAGAUCACAAGAUACUGUUACGGUUUGAACAAACCAAGUUAUUCUUCAGGGAUUGAUGAUGUUUUGAAGUCUUCGAUGCCAAAGAAGAAUCCUAUUUCAGUUUUCGUUGAGAUGAUAUUAAAUCCAGAUAAUAUGAUGUUGGAACGUCUGACUCCUGUUAUAUUUAAGAAAGCCAGAAAUGAGCUACGACGAUGCUUGAGGUCAUUAGAAGAAACAAGAAAGCAGCUACCUUAUAAUUAUGAAUUAGCACUUGUUCUAGCAGAGAUUCAAGUUGUAACAGAAUUAAUGAUGCUUUCCAGCAGGUUGGGACAGUUGUUGUGCACUCAUGGGACUAAUCCAGCGCUUAAUAAGAGAGAUGGAUAUAUAGCGUCCUCUACAGGCGCUGAGCGGAGAGAUUCUAAAACAGGUCCUUUAAUUGGGUACAAUGUUGUUAAUGUAGGAGUUGCUAAUUUACCUUUGGCAAUGCGGACUGAUCUAGCGAACAGGCAAUUGAAGAUGUCAACGUUUGCUGUGCUGAAGGAGGAGCUGGAUGCUUCAAUCAAGGGCGUUAAUAGGUACAAUCCAAACAAUAUUGAAAUACUAGAAAAAUGUAUCAACGCUAUGGUGCAUGAGAAUCAGUACGACAAAGAUAUACUGUUUACGACGCUAAAACUGUACCAGCUGAAUCAAGACAAGUUCAAUGAAGCGGUAGUCAAACAAAUUUUAUUAAAAACUAUGAUGAUGGCACCACGAAGUGACUUUGCAUUGGCUAAAUAUCUUAUCGAUGCGAGUCACGUCAAUCUAUCUGAGUUGAAACGGGUUUUCGAUAUUGGAGCACUUUUAGAGUCUUGUAAUUUUGCCGUCUUUUGGAAACUUAUGCGUGGCGAAUAUGAUCCUUCUGACAGUCUUGAUGAACCGUUUCGCAAUCCUUCUGAAAUUCCUAAGAUAGUUAAAGCAAUUCCCGGAUUUGAAGAGAGCGUACGAGACUAUGCCUGUCAGGUCAUACACGUUACUUUUCAAAAUAUUGAAAGAUCUUUGUUGACUAGGCUACUUGGUGGUAUCUCAGACAAGCAGGUAAACGAAUACGUACGGCGUUAUGGUUGGACUCCCAAAGAAAACGGUGAAGUAUUUUUUGUGCAAAAUCACGAGGCAACGAUCAAAAGCAGGAACAUCGAGGAGCGGCUUCAUUUUGAAAGUUGGAGAAAUUUGUUAAUUUUCAUAGGAUACUUAUUUUACAGUAACGUGGUUUUGACUUUGCUUUUUUAUUGA